AUGUUUUUAUGUGAAACUAAGAAUAUUACCACGAAUGUUACAACUCAAUGCAACAAAGCAGGUUUUCAGCAGGCAUAUUGUGUGGAUCCUAGGGGUCAAUCUGGUGGGCUAGUGCUGGCAUGGAAGAAUAAUGCAGUUGUCUCAAUUCUUUCUAGCGAUGACUUCUUUAUUUUCUUUGAGUGGACAGACCCUACCAAACAAAGAAAAUGGGAAGUAGUUGCUGUUCACCUACAUUGUGAUGACAACAUUCGGUUUAAUCAAUUCCGAAGAAUUAUGGAGAUCAAAAUGACAGCCAGCCCCUAUUUUCUUGUGAUAGGCGACUUUAAUGCCAUCUCCGCCUACCAUGAGAAAGAGGGAGGAAGAAUGAAGUCGGCCUCAUCAAUAGAGGUUUUCAAUAAAUUCAUUAGUGAUGGUGAGCUGGUGGACUUGGGUUACGAAGGGAGAAAAUUCACUUGGAGCAAUAGACGAUACGGUGACAACCUAAUCAUGGAACGGCUGGAUAGAUGCCUCUCUACACAUCAUUUCAGAGCAAAUUAUUCGCAAGCAACAAUACUACAUUUAGAUGAUACAGGCUCUGACCAUUGCCCUUUGAUGCUACUGGCGGACAGGGAGGAGCACAAGGCAAAAAGAAGAUUUUGA